UUGAAGUGCAUAUCCAACUCCAUGUAAAUGGGUGUAGAUAGACAGCAUCUUGGGGCGGGACAGUGAACCUCAGCUGGUCUCGCUCACAGCAGCUUCUCUCCUGACUGCCGAGCGCGCGGCAGUGGAACGUUUCCUGUUUCUGAACAUUUAAAAAAAAACAACACGUUAUUUUCAAGAGGAGGUCAUAUAUUUUUUAAAAGACUGUAGAAGACAUUAAUCCAAUUCCAAAGAUGAUUUCCAAACUGAGCCACAGCCUGAGGAGCGUUGCCCCGGCCCUGACCAGAGCUGUCCACUCUGGGACACGCCCCGCCUCUACCGCUGCCUCCAAACUGAAGAUGGACCAACCGCUCACCGCUGAGGAGGUGUAUGCCAGAGAGGAGAAGUAUGGAGCACACAACUACCACCCACUUCCUGUGGCGCUGGAGAAAGGAAAGGGUCUGUAUGUGUGGGACGUGGAGGGCAACAGAUACUAUGACUUCCUGAGCGCCUACAGUGCAGUGAACCAGGGCCACUGUCACCCCAAGAUCAUCGCUGCUCUGAACGCCCAGGCCUCCAGGCUCACCCUGACCUCCAGGGCCUUCUACAACGACAUCCUGGGGGCCUACGAGCAGUACAUCACCACCCUGUUUGGAUACGACAAAGUACUGCCCAUGAACACAGGUGUGGAGGGAGGAGAGACGGCCUGUAAGCUGGCCCGUAAGUGGGCCUACACUGUGAGGGGCGUUCCCAAGAAUCAGGCCAAAAUCAUCUUUGCAAAUGGUAACUUCUGGGGGAGAACCAUGGCCGCCAUCUCGAGCUCGACAGAUCCUAGCAGUUACGAGGACUUCGGUCCCUUCAUGCCCGGCUUUGGGCUCAUCCCCUACAACGACAUCCCUGCUCUGGAGAAAGCUCUCCAGGACCCUAACGUAGCAGCCUUCAUGGUAGAGCCCAUCCAGGGAGAGGCUGGGGUCGUGGUCCCUGACCCCGGAUACCUCACCACUGUCAGACAACUCUGCACUCAGAACAACGUGCUGUUCAUAGCCGACGAGGUGCAGACUGGACUGGCCCGUAUGGGCAGACGUCUGGCCGUGGACCAUGAAGAAGUACGUCCUGAUAUCGUGAUCCUGGGAAAGGCUCUGUCAGGAGGUGUCUACCCGGUGUCUGCGGUGCUGUGUGAUGAUGAGGUGAUGCUGACCAUCAAGCCUGGAGAGCACGGCUCUACGUACGGAGGAAACCCUCUGGCCUGUGGCGUUGCCAUGGCAGCUCUAGAGGUUCUGGAGGAAGAGAAGCUGGCGGAGAACGCUGAGAAGAUGGGCCAGUUGCUGAGGUCAGAGCUGUCGAAGCUUCCUAAAGAGAUCGUCCCCAUCGUCCGGGGAAAGGGUCUCCUCAACGCCAUCGUCAUCAAGGAGACUAAAGACUAUGAUGCCUGGAGAGUGUGCAUGCGUCUCCGUGACAACGGACUGUUGGCCAAGCCCACCCACGGUGACAUCAUCCGUCUGGCCCCUCCCCUCAUCAUUAAAGACCACGAGGUCAGAGAGUGUGCUGACAUCAUCCAGAGAACCAUCAUGUCCUUCUAGAACCGCCCGGGAACUUAUUCUAGAACACUGGAACAAACAGUGACAGCCUUCUAAUCUAACUGAUCUGACAAACAACAACUAUCAAUCUGAUGUUACUAACUCUAAACAUUUAGCAAAUAAGUGUUAUUGUAUUGUAAGCAGUACUCUCUUAAGUUAAUUUACUAUGAGAAUGUAUGUGGAGAAUAAUUUUUUUGGUUUUGGUUUUCCACAGUACUGCCAUUUUGUCGUAAUGUCAAUCUAAGCAUCAUUCGAUCCUGAGAAGGUUUUCUCUUUUGAAGUGCUGGGACUGAAAUGAGUUUUACAGGGUAACACUGCUGCUCCGAAGCAACUUGGGAUGACCUUUAAGCCAGGGAUGUUUUUAACUCUUGCAUCUGCUUAGCUGGAAGACGGUUCAGAUACGGAUUUUAAUUUAGUUGUUAAAUCUGGCAACUACGACUGCAGCAAAAUGUUUUAAAAAAUGUAAUGUGCUUAAACAAAAGUUUUUCACUUUAUAAAACGGAGCAGUUUAAAAAACAAAGAAACAUAUUUAAUUAUUUAAAUGUUAAAGUCAUUUAUUUGCUUGCUGGUGAAAUGAGCAGAAAUGUUUUACUGAAAGACAGGUAUAACCAAUAAGAAUAUUUUAACAAUAAAAACGAUGAAAGAAUUGAA